GGAGCCGGCCACACCGAAAAAGUCAGCUGAAAAUCCGAGAAACAACAGGUUCGCAGUUAGAAUUUGAGAGCAGGAAAUCAAAAAUGAGCAAGGAAAUCCCUUUGGCCACCAUCAAGCAGCACAACCAGGCCACGGAUCUGUGGGUGGUCAUCAACAACAAGGUGUACGAUGUGACCAAGUUCCGGCUCGAGCAUCCCGGUGGCGAGGAAUCCCUCGUGGAGGUGGCAGGUCGCGAUGCCACCAAAGAUUUCAACGAUGUGGGUCACAGUUCGGAGGCGAGGGAGAUGCUGAAGAAGUACUAUAUUGGUGACCUAGCUGCUGCCGAUAUCCCUAAGAAAAGUCCCAUAAGCUGCCGCCACAUCGCAUUGGCCCUGGGCGCCGCCUUCAUCGGCAUCACGCUGGUCUAUGUGAUCCGUCGUGGAGUAGCCAGGAAUUAGUCCGCAGCCAAGAGGACCUGAGAAAAGCCGCUUCAUUCCGUGAUUCCAGAGAUUUUUUCCAACACAGAAGAACAUUUUCCAAACAUUUGAUACGAAAUAAAAUGUACAAAUUGCUUAAAAAAA